AUGACUAUUCCGAAUGAUUUUCCCGACGGGCCAGUUCUGCUGGGGCAGAGGACCCUCCAGAUGGCUCCGGCAAAUGAGAAAUGCACGCAUGCUGAGACUGCCGAAGGAAAACACAUCAAGAAAGGUGGAUGUCCACGGCGGCUUCCUUUGGGAGCAUGGUUUCAGAUGCUGUAUGCGACCUUUGGUUCGUUUGUCCCACUGGCAAUGCUAUGCUAUGGUUGUCAGCAAAACUUUGCGAAAGCAUCGACAGAGUUUGCCUGCAAAUAUUACAUGAUGGAUGAGCUCAAGCUUGAUGGUGUCACAAUAGGGAGGUUCAUGACAGCUGCACAUGUUCCAUGGAAUAUUAAGCCGGUGCUUGGAAUGCUCUCAGACUCUGUCACUUUCUGCGGAUUCCACCGCACAUCGUACGUUGCAGCAAUGUGCUGCCUCAGCAUCACCAUGUACUCGUGGGUUGGUUUCAGUGCUGUGUCUGCCCUGGGUCUCCUGGCAUUCCUGACCGUCAACAAUUUCGCCACUGCAUUUACAGACGUGCUCGUUGAUGCCACUACGGCGCGGCUUGCGAGGUGUCAUGCGAGUCAAGCAUGUGAUCUUCAAACAGCGAUACGGGUAUCACAAGCUGCAGGUGGCCUCGCUUCGAGUGCCAUCAAGGGGACGUUGGUUUCAGUCCUCUCUCCCCGUGGCACGAUUAUGAGCAAUAUACUUUGCGUGGUAGUGGUUCUGGUUCCUGCGCUCAGAGGGUGGUUGCCAGAAGAACGGCUUCCAGGUAAAUGCUGCACUGCGAGCUUGAAAACAUGCAGCCAGAACUCUGGUUUGACUCUCGCGGCGGCCUUCUUGACCUUCCUUGCAGUGACUCUGUUUGUCUCACAGACCUUCUUGCCGGGCUGGCGGACAAGAGCAGCGGUGCUGAUUGUAUGCUCUGUUUCUGUAGUUGGUUGUGCCUACAAGGUCUUCAGCAAGAUCUCGCCAUAUCUCUGGAAGACCUCCGCACUGUUGUUUCUGCGGGCAUGUUUCCAACCAGGUUUGGGUGAAUCCAUGUUCGUAUGGAUGUCAAAAGAUCCCAACGGGCCGCGCUUCACACCAGAACUCCUGGGGCUGGCCGAUUGCUUCGGUCACGCGGGGCUGUUAGUAGGCGUAGUGAUCUUCAACAAAUUCCUGAGAAGCUGGAAAUACCGCAACAUUUUUUUGCUCGGGCAGCUUCUAGUGAUCCUGUUGCAGUUUAUGGACCUGAUCCUUGUUCUUCGGUGGAAUCUGCAUAUGGGACUUCCCGAUAUUGUGUUCUUCAUUGGGGACGAGACCUUCGACACGGCAGUGGAAAGGACAUUUUAUGUUCCUUUGGUCGUACUGGCCUACAAGGUUUGCCCUGGCCACCUGGAGGCGACGAUCUUUGCCACCCUCAUUGCAACCAGCAACAUCGGAGUUGACUGUGGGAAGUAUUUGGGAGUCGCUUUAGCCGAAGUUUGGGGAAUUGUGGGUGAAGACUUUCAAUACUUGCCACACGGCAUCAUCUCCAAAGCAUUGUUUCGCUUGGUGCCGAUUCCGUUUAUUCUGAUGCUCUCCCCCGACUUCACACCUGACGAUCCCAUUCCCACCUCCGAUCCGAUUCCCAGCUCCGAUGAGGACCUUACUAAGCGCAAAGAGGCAAACAACGAGCAGCGUCGCGAGCUUCAGGAGCUUUAG